AUGGCCAAGCGAGUUCGAGCUGCCGCAGAACGUGAGACUUGCGGCGGGGACGACAUGCCAUGGGUGGGCGACACCUACUUCAGCGCCAAGCUCAUGGCCCGCUUGGCCCGGCUCAUCGCCAUCGCCGCCGAGUUAGAGCAGCAGGACGAGGCCUUCUUCGACAAGAUGCUGUCACAAUUGUCUGACACCUUGGAGAAGUGGCUGGACAAAGGUGCAGCUACGCCCUUCAUCUACGACAAGUCCUGGGGAGGCCUGGUCUCCUGCGGGUGCAAGUACGAUGACUGCUGGGGCGGCUGCGCCCCGAAGUGCGUGAACGACGUCUCGCAGCCGGCCACCUGCCCCGCGCUGCAUGAUGUAGGCUACAACUUCGGCAACGGCUUCUACAACGACCACCACUUUCAUUAUGGAUAUUUCAUCUACUCAGUCGCUGUCUUGGCCAAAUUCCGGCCGGAGUGGGAGAAGACGUGGCGCCCGCAGGUGCUAGCGCUGAUCAGGGACUACGCCAAUCCAUCGAGUCAAGACAUGGAGUUCCCCAUUUGCCGGCACAAGGACUGGUUCAUGGGCUUCUCCUGGGCUGGCGGGAUCAAGUUCGAGCCCUUGGGCAGGAAUCAGGAGAGCGUCAGUGAAGCGAUCAAUAGCUACUACGCUAUCGGAGUCUACGGCACCGUGUUGGCCAACCGCGGGGACGAGGACUCCGAUGUGGGCAUGCGAUUGCGCCAGCUGGGACGUUUGCUGACCGCGAUGGAGGUGCAUGCCGGGGACACGUACUGGCACGUGCGCCCUGCGGGCGGCAUCUACACGAAUUAUGUGCACCCAACGGCACGGGGCUUGGCCCAUUGGCCCCUUCUCGGGCCGUGCUUUGACGAGCGCCAGUCUUUGGACCUGGUUCGGCGGGUCAGGCCGAACGGCGACGGGCUCUCCCGGUUUGAGGUUGGGAACCCGUUUUGA